CAGCCUUUGAUCACAAAUUGAAAAAGAAAACAAAUGUUUUCCCUUUUUCUUUCUUUCUUUCCGUCCAAAUAGACUGUCAUCUGUUUUCUGUCAUCAACCCUUUUCCUCUUCCUCUCAUUUGUGUCCCAAAUUUUCCCAUGGAAAGAAUCCAGUAAAAAGCCUCAUGUCAUGUUAACCUACUGCUAAAAGAGGUCCAUUUCCAAAAUUCCUUUGGAAACCAGAGAAUUCAAAAGAAGAGAAAGAGAUGGCCGUUUGUACAGUGAACACAACACAAUCUUUGAACUCAACAUGCUCAAUCUACACGCCAACAACAGUUAAAACCCAGUUUAGUUUUCACCAAAGGCGGCUAGUUUUGUUUAGAGGUAGCAGGAGGAGUGGCAGCAAGAGAGGUGGGAGUAACACGUGCGUUAUCACAUGCGCAGCGGGGAAUUCGCAGACGAUUGUAAUCGGCUUGGCAGCGGAUUCCGGCUGUGGGAAGAGCACCUUCAUGAGGAGGUUGACCAGUGUUUUCGGUGGUGGAGCUGAGCCACCAAAGGGCGGCAAUCCUGACUCCAACACGCUCAUCAGUGACACCACAACUGUCAUUUGUUUAGACGAUUAUCAUUCUCUUGAUAGAAAUGGAAGAAAACAGAAGGGCGUCACGGCUCUUGACCCUCGAGCCAACAAUUUUGAUCUCAUGUAUGAGCAAGUUAAAGCUUUAAAGGAUGGCAUUGCGGUUGAAAAGCCUAUUUAUAAUCAUGUCACUGGUCUCUUGGAUCCUCCUGAGCUCAUCAAACCUCCAAAAAUUCUUGUCAUUGAAGGUUUGCAUCCAAUGUUUGAUCAACGUGUGAGAGACCUCUUGGACUUCAGUAUUUAUUUGGACAUUAGCAAUGAGGUUAAAUUUGCAUGGAAAAUUCAGAGGGACAUGGCAGAGCGUGGGCACAGCCUCGAGAGCAUCAAAGCUAGCAUCGAAGCUCGAAAGCCAGAUUUCGAUGGCUAUAUUGAUCCACAAAAGCAAUAUGCCGAUGCAGUGAUUGAAGUGCUACCAACUCAGCUGAUUCCUGGUGACAAUGAAGGGAAGGUUUUGAGAGUCAGGCUGAUAAUGAAAGAAGGAGCGAAGUAUUUCAGCCCAGUUUAUCUGUUUGAUGAAGGCUCCACCAUCUCAUGGAUUCCCUGUGGAAGGAAGCUUACUUGUUCAUACCCAGGCAUCAAAUUCUUCUAUGGCCCCGAAACUUAUUUCGGCCAUGAGGUGUCUGUUCUAGAGAUGGAUGGGCAGUUUGACAGAUUAGAUGAGCUCAUUUACGUGGAAAGCCAUCUGAGCAACAUUUCUACCAAGUUCUAUGGAGAAGUCACCCAGCAAAUGUUGAAGCAUGCAGAUUUCCCUGGAAGUAACAAUGGAACAGGUCUCUUCCAAACCAUUAUUGGGUUGAAAAUAAGAGAUCUCUUUGAACAAAUCGUCGCAGCCAAGGCUGCGGCUCCGGUAGAAGCUACUAAAGCUUAAAAAGGACUGCCUUGUAUAUAGAGCAAGGCACCGAUCGAGGCUCUUCUUUUUUGGGUAGAGUGUUAGGCGAUUCCUCAGAAGUCAGAAGUCACUCCUUUGUAUGUAUUUGUUCCUGUUGUAAUCCGUGGAGACUUGUUAAUAUAAGAGAAGCAAAGGCAGAAAUCAAGUUUAAGAAGAAAA